UUUAUUUUAAUUUGCUACUAAAUUAAAGGCAAUAAUUUUGAUUGCACCUUUUAACUGUACGUGUUAUGUAGAACUUACAAAAUAAACUCGUUACAAUUUACAAAAAUAUUGGAUGCAAAUAAUUAAAAUAUUGCAAUACCUUUUUAUAUCAAUACCUACAAUUUGCAAUAGUUAUUACGUCAAUACACACGACUGCACCAGAGACUCGAUAAAAACGACGAUUACCGAAUCAAAAGCCGAACUUUUCCGAACCAGAAACCGAGUCAAUCCGAAGUCUGCCGAAUGAGUUCGGAACUAGUUUUAUCACAUGUCUCGGCUAAUGUUUUGUUCAUUCCAGUCUCAACACUAAACGAGUAAACGCAGUGUCUUAUUAUUUUGUAGAAAUUUUAUUUGUGUUUUGAGUAACAAGUGAUUGUUUUUUACGUUUUGUUAUAACAUAAUUUUAUCUCUCGAUUAUCGAGUGACCUUGUUAGAUAAAGAAAUCGUUAGACAAGGAAUAUAUCUACGUUAUAUAUUUUUGUUGUUGUUAAACAGUAAUAUGGAAGAAAAACGACAUACUCAAAUGGAUGAGAGUGUUGAUACUUUACCACAAGAUUUACAAAAAAAUAUUGAAAGCAUCGCAAGGAGUGAAGGGUUCGUAACUUACAAGAUUACAAGUAAAAACUUAUCAACCAAAGGUGGUAGUUAUAUGGGCAUUUUAUACGAAGUAGACAUAAAAGGAAAAACUAAAGAUGAAGAAAAAGAAACAAACAUAUUUGUUAAGAACAUAGUCACUAACGAAAACAUGAAGAUAUAUUCGGUGACGGACGUGUUCGCUAAAGAAGCAUUUGUCUAUACGGAACUUUCGAAAAUAUUUACAGAAAUACAAGAAGAAGCGAAUAUACCAAACGAAGAAAGAUUCCUAAUGGCUAAAUGUUACGAGGAAUGCAAUCCAAAAUCUAUCAUUCUUGAGAAUUUGGGUCGGAGAGGAUUUAAAGUCUAUGACAGAAUGGAGACAAUUCCUUUAGAUUACGCUAAGAUGUGCGUCCAACAGCUUGGUAAACUACAUUGUCUUUCAAUGGUCCUUCGAGAAAAAAGACCAGAUUAUUUUAAUAAGCAAAUUGUAACUAUGAAACAGCCAUUUAAUUUUGAAGAAGAUUGGUAUGGCUAUGUAGAGAAUAUGUACAACUAUUCAGUCAAUUGUUUAGACCCAGAUGUUAAGGACAGAGUUGGACAAAAGAUAAAGGACAAAGUCAACGAUUAUCCCAAGUAUAUGAAUGACACAUCUGGUUUUUGUACUUUCUGCCAUGGAGAUUACAAACAUAAUAAUAUUAUGGUGAAAGAAUAUGAUGGAAAGCUGAAGGAAAUAGUUACCAUUGAUUUCCAAAUAUCCCAUUAUGGGUGCCCCAUUUUGGAUUUUCUAUACUUUAUUUUCAACGGCACCGAUCAAGAAUUUAGGAAGGCACAUUUGUUAAGUCUAAAGGAUUUAUAUUAUGGGACUAUGGAAAAGUUUUUGGAAAAUUUUGGAAUGGACAUUUCUAAGAUAUUCCCUAGAAUAGAAUUUGAGAGAGUGUACAAGGAAAAGUUGGAUUUUGGAUUGAUGAUCAACGUGUUUUAUGUUCCAUUUCUAUUUGCUGUAGCUGACGAGGCUCCUGAUGUGGCCAAUGAGACCUUGUCGACUUUAUCUUUUAACGUCGAUAGUAGAUUCACUCCGAGGUUUCGAGGUGUAGUCGAUGAUUUCAUACAAUGGGGCUACUUGUAAUGGAUGCAAUUGUAAUUGUAAUUUUUUUAUUCAUUAUAUGGCUUUUUAU